AUGACGCCUCCAAUCGAUUUCUCGAAGCCCAAUAAUAAUUCUGAUCGGGUUUUUGUGAUUGAAGGCAAACAUCUUCAUGUCAACUCGCAGGUUUUUUCUGUUAGUCAGGAAGGAAAAAGAAGAAAUCAGGUUCUGGGGGUGUUCUCUACAUUUUUCGAUCGCCUGUUCAACGGAGAGUUUUCGGAUGCCGCAAAAGAAGUAAUUCCAUUGGACGGGAUAAACUACGAAGAGUUUGUCGAGCUGCUGCAGACCAUUUACCCAUCGCAGAAUUCGAUCAGAGGUCAGAUAUCGUAUUAUCGGCUAGCGAGCAUGUUUGCCUGUAGUUGGCAAUGUGGAAAGUCUUCUUGCGCUGAGCGACCGCUUCGACAUUCCGUCAGUGUUCAUCAAGUGCGAGCAGUUCUUGCUCAACUCUCCAGACGUCAAUAAGAUCGACUUGUUCCUCAGGCUUGACUGGGCUUCGCGUUAUUGCAUGCCCGAACUCCAGGUUUAGUUUUUUUGUUUUUGUUUUUUAGAAUCAUCAGUCCGACAGAAGAUUAUGUUCUUGAUGAGCUUGAUUAGAGUUUUGAUGCUGUAGUCGUUCUUCGAAAAAGAGGAAGCAAGUUUUUUUUCGAACCAUGAAGCGUUCUAAUCUCGAGCAACAAUGAGAAAAUGAACCUGUAUUCGUAGCAUGUUUGACAUACAUUUUCGAAAUGAUCGUUGAAACUUAUAUUAAAGUGAAUGAAUUGCAGAACCAUCUGCUGCUCUCUCUGACGACGAUGGACGCUAUCUGCAAGGCGAGCGAGAGCCCCGCGUGGCGGAACAUGUGCGAAGCGGCGAAGACAGGACUUCUGCUUACGGUGUUCCGUGUCCACAAAGGCCCCAAUGCCAUGCCUCCGCAUUUUUUCUAA